AAUAUACCCAGAAUUCCUUCGCCGGAAAUAAAUAAGUGUCAACAUGGCGAGACGGCCGCUGAGAAGUGGAGCGGUGGUUGUAGUCGUGUAUUUCACCUGCCUGGCAUUGCUUUUAGUAGAACCCGUGGUCACCCAGCUCCACCACCAACAGAGUAUGGCGAUCAGGGUGACAGCAGUGGAAGAUGCAGAGCAAGUAAUGGACCUAGAGAUUAAUUUUACCAUCUUGGCAGUUGAUGGCCAGUUUUAUGUGAAUGAAAUUCCAGUUAGCCUUUCUGGUGUGUCAAGGCUUAACUGCAGUGCUUUUCUUUCGAAAAAUGGAAACAACAGUAAAGCAGAUACUAUGUCUCAAGCUGCAACGGUCCGUGUCCGAAUUCUGCUCCGGUUGUGGCCUUUAGAAACAGAUUCUCAGCUAAACCUUCUUGUUUUUAAUGAAGAAGUAAUUGAAGUUGAAGGAGUGCAGGUGCAGCAGUCUGAUAUGUACGAAAUAAAUAUUUUGAUGUCGAAGGAGUUUAAGAAGCUAAGGCAGUCUACCUACUCGUUCCCUAUGAAAGAAAGCAUGGUACACAGUAUACCUCCAGAGAGUGAUUACUUGUAUACUGUUCCAAAUCUUUCACCUGAAGUGGAUAAUCAAGCUCCUCUGCAGACCACUAGCCACUAUCCAAUAAAACAGGCUGAAACAACAGUGGAAGAACAGGCAGCAGCAGGCAAAUUACCAGAGACACCGCUUGGAAUGUAUCCUGACAUUUACUUUGAUAAGGAAAAUAUGGAAGCAGACAUGUUGCCCGGUGACCAACUCCCAGAGACCCCUCUUAGAUCUGAACCAACAUCUUCUUAUAAGGCAAUAUGCCAGUGGAUGGAACACAUGAGAGAGAAACUUCACCGUUUCUUGGCUGAAUCACUUCCCCUUUUCUUCUCUGUGAUGUGGGUUGUCGUUGUAGGAGUUGUUGGGUCAUCUGUGGUACUUAAACUCCUGGAAAUGGUUUGUCCUUCCUGUGAGCACAAGGGUAUCUUGAAAUUGGAUCCAGUUACUUUAACACCUGUAGAAGAGAUACUGGAGGAGAGACCUUUGCUUCAGAAUGAGCAAGAAGAUGAGAUCAAAGGAGAUGGAAAUCCUUGAAAGAGCACACAUGGGACAAUAGGCUUUUCCAUAUUACUGGGUCUGCUGAAUUCUUCACUCAAAGAAACAAAUGGACUGCUAUUAAAAUUGUCCAAAAUAAGAUUGUCUUCUCCCAGUAAGAGAAAAGUUAAAAAAAAAAAAACAAUGUGGUGCACUUGAUGGCAUAAUUAUUUUUUAAACCAGGUUAUUUUUUAUUCCUUCUCUUACUUGGAUGCAUAUUGCUCACUUUAGAUUUUAUUUACUUUUUCAUCAUACUUCACUGCUGAAUACUUUUGUAAGUCAUGGAACACUUUUUGGACUUGAUAUACUGAGAAAUGCCAACGACGAGCAAUCCUUUGUUUUUGGAACUGGAUACAAAAUUGCAUGUAUUUUGUAUUCUUACUCAUAGUGAAAUCUCUGUGGGGCAACAUUUGUUACAUAAAAGGAGUGACAAUGUUUGACUAUGGCCAUAUUUUAAAGUGAACAGAAUGAAGGAAAAGAGAUGCUAAAGAGUGUUAGUCUUAAGAGGGAUAGUUUAGUGAUGGACACCACAAGUCAAACAGAGCAGUUGGCAAUGGUCAUGUAGUUAUGGGGAGAAAAUAUGCUAGGAAGGAGCUUAUUUUUAGAUGCCAUAGAAACCUGCAGCACUGCAGUAAUUUAGAAUAAAGAUAAGAAAACAUCUAAGGAAUUUGAAAAGUAAAUAUUAAAGUCCUUCAAACUGAUAUCCAUUUUAAGGUAUGCUCACCAUGUCUGUCCACAUGAAACAACUUAGGUCCCAGUGGGCUGAUUUUGUUAAAAUUUGGUGCACUUAUUCUUUCACAGAAUUUUGUGGGGAAAGUCCAAUUUUCAUUGACUUAUCUUGAAUAGAUUGUGCUGUAUAAAGUUCUGAAAUUUCAAAAUAUCUAAAAGCAAAUUAAUAAACUCAUCUCUCUUUAAAACUGA